CAGGGGUGGACUGACCAUUUGGAAACUCGGGCACUGCCCGAGGGCCUGGGGUCAGUAGGGGGCCCCAUGAGAUGCCCCUGGUACCUUUUGCAUAGGCUUUUUUGAGUUUGGGCAAGGACACAGGGGCCCCAUGAUCCCCUAUUGCCCGGGGGCCCCAUGAGUUGUCAGUCCGCCCCUGUCCGCCCCUGGUUCUGACUUGUUGCAGCUUCUAAUGCACAUGGUGCGAAGCUCACAGUGUGCAGUGAAAUCAGAGCAUCAGUGC